UCUGGGUGCGAUGCAUCUUCAUGCCUGUUGUUGAAAACACACAGGAGCACCGGAGACUCCGUGCGUAAAGGUCCGGUGAUCUGGUGAUUACGCGCAGUGCCGACGGGGUCCAAACCCAGCAGCAGGUCUCCAGUGACGGGCAGCCCAGUGCCUCGUAGGUGAGCCAUGGGGUUCCGCAAGAAGAACAAGAGCCCCCCGGUGCUGAGCCACGAAUUCGUGAUCCAGAACCACGCAGACAUGGUGUCGUGUUUGGCCAUGAUCAUCCUCCUCGGCCUGAUGUUCGAGGUCACAGCCAAGUUUGCCAUCAUGUUCAUCACAGUCCAGUACAACGUAACACAAGUUCUCGAUGAGAAAAGUGAUCCGGUGAACCUUUACCAGUACGGCCCUAAAGAUGUGGCCACUGUGUUUUUCUACCUUCUUAUUGCGGUCAUCCUUCAUGCCUUGAUACAAGAAUAUAUUCUCGACAAAAUGAACAGGAGGUUGCACCUGUCGAAAACCAAACACAGCAAGUUCAACGAGUCUGGACAGCUGGCGGCGUUCUACCUGUUCUCCUUCAUCUGGGGCUGCAGCAUCCUGACGGCGGAGGACUUUGCAACAAAUCCUACUUUCCUCUGGGAGGGUUACCCACACACUCACAUGGUUUUUCAGGUCAAGUUCUUCUACAUUUGCCAAAUUGCCUAUUGGCUCCAUGCUCUACCUGAGCUGUACUUUCAAAAAGUACGGAAGGAGGACAUCCCCCGUCAGCUCUAUUACAUUUGCCUUUACGUUGUCCACAUCACUGGUGCCUAUGUCUUAAACCUCCACCGACUGGGCCUGGUGCUGCUGGUGCCUCACUACCUGGUGGAGCUGCUGUUCCACGCUUCACGCCUCUUCUACUUCAGUGAUGAGAACAAGCAGAAAGGUUUUACUCUGUGGGCGCUUCUGUUUGUCAUCGCACGCCUCCUCACCCUCACACUCUCAGUUCUGACGUUUGGCUUCGGACUGCCCCGUACAGAAAACCAGGGCUUUUCUCUCGCAGAAGGCAACUUCAACGUGCUCACCAUAAGGAUGACUUGUCUGGCAGCUAUCUGCCUGACACAGGCUUGGAUGAUGUGGAAAUUCAUUAACUUCCAGUUGAAAAAGUGGAGGGAGCACAGCCAGAACCAGGCCUCCAAGAAGAAGGCGGUCAGCCCGAAGAGCAAGCCUCACAAAAGGGAGCUUACGAGGGGAGGUGCUGCCAAUGGGGUUGUGAAGUCGGAGGAUAAAACAUCACCACGGGCAAGAAAAGCCAAAGCUUCAUAGAGACGGAAGAGUUUGGGGGAGAAAAAAAAACUGAGUGAGGGAGUUCCGACAAUUAUGUCUUUACACGACUUCAAAUUUUGUCUACUGAUCUGCAAAACAAAUGUUUAAGCGCACUAAGAAACCUUACAGCUGUCCCUUUUUGAGGUUGAAACUUUAUUUUAUUAUUCAUUUGGGUUCUCUGUAGACGGGAUGUUGGCGGGACAGUGCUGGGUUUGAUGCUUUAACAAGAGAGACUUCAAAGUGUCCUUUCGUGUAAAAACUACGAUCACUCGCAGGGUACUUUCAAACUUCACUAAUUUGACAUCGAAUCAGUUAACGUCACGGUAACUUAUAAAGCGAAUUUUGACUUCAGGGUAAUGUUAUAUAAAGUGUUAAUGUACAGACUAACUGUACAGGGUGUCAUUUUAAGUUUGGACCUUAUUCAGUCAAACUCAGUAAAACAGGCCACUGACUUAAGUCCCAUAAUAAAGCCUUUCUUGCUCUGCAAGACGGCACUUUGACAUUCUACUGUUGUCAGGAAAAGAUCCAAAAGGAAUAUUUCUGCUAUUUAUGUAUUUGGCAUAGCUGCAGCCAGAAAACUGAAGCACGUACUACACUCCUUGAUGAUUUACUGCCAUUAUUUGACAGCCUCUGCCUUUUGAAAUCCAAAAUGUUGGAUUGAGGCGCGUUUUGUAUUUUCGUUUGCUUUUUAUCACAAGCCUGGUGGUCAGCUUUAGCCUGUUAGCGGGGGCUCGACUUACCAAGAGGAAGCUGCACUGUAACCUGUGAUGCUGUACUGUAUGCAUACAGUGAAAUCUUUCUAAAGGCAUGAUUGAGGCUGUGUAUCAGUCUUGUAUGUGGUCAAUGCAUGAUGGUUCAAGGCUAAGGACUUUAUGGCUAGUUCCUAGCUGUGCUGUUGAGUUUGCAUAUUUCUCUUACGCACACACACACACAAAGCAUUCAGUGGCCUUUUUAUAACUGCUGCAAGCAGUUUGAAUAAUUUAUUUUUUGCCAUAUACAACAGAAAGUUAUUAUUUUCUAUGCUUUGACAAGCUAUAACCAGCAAACACGGCGGUACAUAGCAACUGCAUUUAGUUAAUCCAAACAAAACAAUCUUUCUUCAAGUGUCCUUAUAAUGUCAGUGGUUUGUAUCACUCGUUCUGCUUGUGUUGCGUUCUGUUUGCCUUCUCUGUUUUUUGCUUUUUUUACUCUCGGGUAUCAGGGGACAAGUUAUCCACCACGUAUACUAUAAGUUACAUCCCAUGGUGCAGUGGGAGGUGCGUUUGUAAGGGAUGUGUUUGUAUGCUGGUGCACUUACUCAUGUUUGUUUGUGUGUGUGUGUGUGUGUGUGUGUGUGUGUGUGUGUGUGUGUGUGUGUGUGUGUGUGUGUGUGUGUGUGUGUGUGUGUGUGUGUGUGUGUGUGUGUGUGUGUUCAGUAUUGUCUGCCUACUGUGUAUGCGAAUUAACUGGGCGUGAAUGAUGAUGAUGAUGAUGAUGGUGAUGACAACGAUGUUUAUUGCUUGUCUCGUAAAAUAAUUAUUGCAGAGCAUGAAAUGUUACAAUCUGUUCACUGACUCCUGCCCUGUUUGUCGUAUUUCACAAUCGCAUCCUUUAGUUCACUUCGGUUCGGCCCGACACGCUUCUGUGUGCGACACACUCGAGUUGUGGAUUGUUGUAUGUUUUAUAGAUCUUCGGUUACUAAAUGCUUAUGUGUUCAGUGUCUCUGCCCCUCACAUGCCCCCCUUUUUCCCCCCGUGUGAGAGAGAUUCUGUGAUAUCUGUUUGCCACAUGUGGCAUGUUCUGUCCUUCCUGCUUCCACCUUUUCAAUGAUCCUGACACUGCUAUGGAGCACACGUGUUGUACUGUCGGCCACACUCACUCAUCUCCUGGACCUGGAGACGUGCUCUACUACUAGUCCACUGUGCAUGAGAAGCUCCGUGCAGAAAAGACUGUACUAACAGUUGGAGUCUGGAGUAAGGGAUGAGACGAAGAUGCCAUUCAUUUUUGCUCCCUUUAGCGCUCCAUAUUGGGACUUUUAUGGUCUGUAAAGCCCAAUGUCUGUGUGUGGCGGUGUCAUAGGAGAGAAGGAGGAGCAGAGGACGUCUGUACCAGCCUGUUAUUAAACCGUCUCAGAUGUAAAAGAGGAAAAAAAAAGAAACUGAUUCAACCCUACACUGUACUAAAAUAUGUGUCAGAUUUUUAAGCUAUUUUUAUAGAGCGGAACCUGUUGAAAUUCAUUGUUGUUCAGUACACACGUGUGAAUAUUUGUUUUGCAUCCAUAUUGAUAUGAAUUGGGGGUUUUUUUAUAUAAGAAUGAAGCUUGCUGAACUGUUAGCGUGGAUAUACAUUGUGGUAUGAGUGUAAAGAUGUAUUAAGCCUAAUGGUUUAUUUAACUUCAUGGCCUUAUUAGAGCAAAAUGAACCCAAUUAUAUAACACUAUGCUGCAGGUGUACUCUGCAGCUUUCACAACUACAUGUUUUAUGUUUUAUGAUCGUGAAGAACACAUCAGUUUGAAUAUAUAAUGAGAGGAGCAAACGGUCAGUAUAGUGUUUUAUUUGUUCCAAUCCUGCAGGUGAUAUUGUGGAUAUAGAACGAAACAUUUUGCAAGUGAAACCCUCUUUUUCCUGCUCCUCAGAUGCCACGCUGUACAGUAAUCAGCGUACGUUUCGGCUCUGAAACAUGAGCCACCCUGCAGUUCACGCCCCCUCGCUUCGAGACACAAUAGCCUGUAUAAUCCCACAGGAAUGCACUUUUUUUUGCAUAAUAUGCAUUAUGUAAGAGCACCGUAACACUUCUCACUUUGGCUGUUCCUGCGUUGGUUCUCAAUGAAUUACAAAUUAAGAGUUGCUAAAUUUUCAAAUGUGUGCAUUUUGUAAUUGUUGAAAACUAAAAAAAAAAAAAAAAGGCUGCAAUGAUUUAACUGUAUGAGCAACCUCUAGGUGGCAACAAUACUUUAUGCUUUUGACCAUGAGAUCACUUUAAAGAAAGAAAAAAAGAGACAUGUUUAUUGUAUUCUAUUAAUUCAUUCUGCACUGUCCUUGAUUCGCUUUUAUUUCACUGCUUGUUUAUAGAUGUUGCGAUAUAUUUCCUUUUUAAAUAUGUUGUCUCUGAACUGCUCUGAUGGUAUAUAUUUAUGCAAAUUCUCGUGAGUUCUGAUCAUUUUUCUUCGUCACUAUUUUUUUAUUUCAUGUUGGAAUAAAGCU